UUCCCAUAUUCUCUUUUGAAUUCCUUGUCAACUCCUACUGUAUACUCCUGCACACCUUCCGCACCCAGUCCCAGCCGUACCCAGCACUCUGAGCACUAGGAACUACAAACUUCGCCUUCGACGUCCCUUUCUUUGUACCACCACCAGCCACUCCCAGCGGCAGACACAUCGAUAGUUAGACUGCCUUGUAUACAUACGCUAGUUCUUUGCAUAGACAUUGGGCUUGACGCUCUUACGUAGGAAUCGGAGUUUGUAACUACGCUUUUUUCCACGCUGGAGAACCUUUGCAGGAGCUUGAAGCUCUUACCUAGAACCACCGAAGGCAACUAUGCCUGGAGCUUUGACUAAGUCAUACGGUAACCCCUCUCCAACACGUACAUCCCCUCAAAAAACAUCAUCAUCCCGCUUCUACCCCACUCCUGCCUCCAUGUCGCCAAACACCACUUCUAGCUCCUCCACCCUCAACUACCCUCCCUCUUUUGACCCUCACCACACCUCUUCCCGAUAUCCGUUGACAACUCAUUUUGCCCCUUAUUCCCCCUACCGACCUGGCGAAUAUGGUCGGUCUGAACGGGGUUUGGCAAGUGAGAGGACGAGAAUCGAGAGGAAAUUGUUUGCGGAUGGGCAAGAGGAAGAUGGGGAGGUAAGAAGAGGUAGAGGAAGCUCGCCUUUGGCGCCGGCAUUCGAAGCAAAGAUGGUUUUGCGAAACGGUGCAAGCAUUGAUUUGAUCUCUUGGCUCCGAACAAACUUCCAUCAUGUCCCGCCGCCACACACACCUCUAGUUCCGUCCAUGCCGCUUAAUGGCAUCCGUCACCUCAUCCUUGAACGUUUUCCCCGCGCGCCUGAAGCCCAAGAGAUCCACAAGGCCGUCCUUGCCGCUUUCCCCCAUUCUCAGUGGGACUAUCCCCCUCCUGAAUCGUCUGAGCCUCCUACCAUCCGAGGUCUUAUCUGGCACGGGAAAGAUAUCGUCAACGAUGAUGAACUCGAUGAUAGACCCCGCUCGGCGCCCAAGGAUGUUGCAGCGCAUACCCGCAGUAGACUAUCGGGAGAUAUCAUUACGACCGCAAACUCAAACUCGACAUCGAAAGGAAAACAGCCGUCAAGGAGCCCGACGCUAUCUACGCUUGUUUCACCCAUCUCUAGCUCAAAACGACACUUGCCGGAUACCCCUGCACGUUCAGUGCUGGAAGAAUUUGCAGAGAUUGCCACAUUGGCGGAGAAGACACCUGUUAGCCGUACGAAAUCCUUACCCGGAGAACCGCUCGCAGCAUCCCCGGAGCAAGAAGUAGCGCAUCUUUCCCAUAACCCGUUUGAGCAAAGUAUGCUUCUCAGAGGCCGAGGAAAACGGCGAGCAAGCCAAUCGCCUGAGCGAGGACAUCGUAGACGCGCAAGUACACCAGACAAGCUUCACGGCUUGUUGGCAGCUGCCGAAGCAGUGGAAGGAUCACCCAUCACUUCUGUUCUCGGCCACAAACGUCGAAGGACUAUCGGCGGUCCCGCACCGGCAAGGGAGAUCAUGUCUUUUCCUCGACGGGCAAUGUCUUCUCGGGGAACCAUGUCACCUCCUCCCACUCGCGGACUGGCGAUACUACCCCACGUCGAAGAGAAUAUCGAUUAUCUCGUCCCGUUAAACGAUACUGCCUCUGCCGGUUCAAGGAUCUCGGAGGAAGAUGCAGCUUCAAAUGCGUUACCUUCAAUUGCGGGUGCGUCUACAGCGAGAAGGGCACCGACGUCGUCUUCGACGGCAUCGCAAUCAUCUGCGAUUUCGCACCAUCUUGUGUCUGCGCCGAUUGCAGGGUCUUCUGGGUCUAUGCACUCUUACCCACACGACCACAUCCGUGGUCACGGCCACUCCCUUUCCCAUUCUCACUCGCAUCCCCACGCCCAUCACCAUUCCUCAUCCCAAACCCAACAGUUUUCGCCUAACCUCCCUCGCGUACACGCUCCCCGAACAGGCGGCGGCGGCCGUAAAGUCAAUGAACUCCCUACUGAAGGCGAACGACCCGGAUACGACUGCAAGCCGCCCUAUCCGUACCAUGAAAUGAUUCGGCAUGCGAUUGAGAAUGCGCCUGAUAGGAAGCUACAGUUGAAUCAAAUUUAUGCAAGUAUCGCGGAAAGGUUUCCGUUUUUCAAGACGUUGGAUGAGAAGAAGACGGCUGGGUGGCAGAAUUCGAUUAGGCAUAAUCUUAGUUUGAAGAAAAUGUUUGUAAGAGUUAACAAAGUCGAUGGAGUACCAGAUGACUCGGGCGGUAAAGGCGGUUGGUGGACAGUCAUACCUGGUGUACCAGACGAAGGCCGACCGGGACGAAAAGCUAAAGCGCGCAAAGCCAAAUUGGAGAAGGAAGCAGCAUCAAAGGAAGCAGGCUCGCGUGUGGGGAAGGAGAACGAUGCCAGGGGCUUGGGUAUGGGUGGAAGGAUGGGGAUGGGAAUGGGAAGUGUUUUGCCGCCGCCGGAUGGACAUGCGCAACUACCGCCGGGUGUGGCCCCUAUAAGCUCUGGAGCAGGUAGCGAGCUAGGUCAGAAUUACGCGCGCAGUAACGGUAAUGGUCAUAGUCAUGGUCAUGGUCAUGGGCAAGGACUAGAGUCCGGACAAGGGCAGGGACAGGGGGCGUUGCAUGAGAAAUGGGUAGAAGGGAAUCGGGGACAAGAGGGCUCGGUUGAUGAACUAGAGGAUGAUGAGCUUUACGGCCAGCCAUGAGUGUGAGGAGGAUGAAAAGAGAUUAGGGGGCCGGAGGAGAAAUUUUGUUUUGUGAAGGUUCCUUGUAAGGGCGGAUAACAACAAGACAAACGGAAAAAAGACAAACAAUAAAAGACGUGUUUAUUUCUCCUUUCCUGAACAACCGUUUUUGUUGAGUGUAUAUACUGAUUUUACUUGUCAUCAUUCUUCCAGUUUAUUUUUUUCUCAUCUUCCUUUCUCUUUUACAUACAUCUCUUAUCUCUCCUCCUCUUCAGCCGGAAACAAAAUGAGCAAGGGCUUUCUGCUGUAGGUGUAAGGUAUUUUUUGAAUUGAUAUACACAAAAGGAAAUGCAGUUUUACAAAAUGGAAAUGAAAA